AGAGAGAAGGUUUCUGCGCACAAGCAAGCAAGCAGGUCCUGCCAUGUAAACGAUCCUCGGCCCCACGAAAAGACAGCAACCUGUUGAACAACCUAAUGUGUAUCUGUUUAAUUUGUUAAAAAGGCAAAAUGAGGGCAGUUCCUACGUGGAUUGACAAAGUACAUGAUCGCGACAAAGUUGAGCAAUGUAUCUACGACCUUGCCUUCAAACCAGAUGGCAGCCAGCUUAUUGUGGCAGCUGGGAAUCGUGUUUUGGUGUAUGACACAUCAGAUGGAACUCUCAUUCAGCCUCUGAAAGGACACAAGGACACAGUGUACUGUGUUGCCUACGCCAAAGAUGGGAAACGGUUUGCCUCAGGUUCUGCUGACAAAAGCAUCAUCAUCUGGACAUCUAAACUGGAGGGUAUUUUGAAAUAUACACAUAAUGACUCCAUCCAGUGUGUUGCCUACAACCCAGUCAGCCACCAGCUGGCCUCCUGCUCCUCUGGGGACUUUGGCCUGUGGUCCCCAGAACAGAAAUCUGUAUCCAAGCACAAAGUCAACAGCAAGAUAACAUGUUGUGGGUGGACCAACGACGGUCAGUACCUGGCCCUGGGCAUGAUGAACGGGGUGGUGAGCAUCAGGAAUAAGAACGGAGAGGAGAAGGUGAAAAUAGAGCGACCAGGAGGAUCCUCCUCUCCUAUCUGGUCCAUCGCAUGGAACCCCUCCAAGGAUGAGCACAAUGACAUCCUGGCUGUGGCAGACUGGGGGCAGAAGCUGUCCUUCUACCAGCUCAGUGGAAAACAGAUUGGGAAGGACAGAACUCUGACCUAUGACCCCUGCUGUGUCAGCUACUUCUCCAAGGGGGAGUACAUUGUGAUGGGUGGCUCUGACAAGCAGGCCUCCCUCUACACCAAAGAUGGGGUGCGGCUCGGCACCAUCGGGGAACAGAGCUCCUGGGUGUGGACCUGUAGAGUCAAACCUGACUCCAACUAUGUGGUGUUGGGCUGCCAGGAUGGGACCAUAGCCUUCUUCCAGCUCAUCUUCAGCACGGUGCACGGCCUGUACAAGGACCGCUAUGCCUACAGAGACAGCAUGACCGAUGUCAUCGUCCAGCACCUCAUCACUGAACAGAAAGUGAGGAUCAAGUGCAGAGAGCUUGUGAAGAAGAUAGCUAUCUACAGGAACCGCCUGGCCAUCCAGCUGCCUGAGAAGAUCCUCAUCUACGAGCUGUACUCUGACGACUCCUCGGACAUGCACUACCGCAUCAAGGAGAAGAUCUGCAGAAAGUUUGAGUGCAACCUGCUCGUGGUCUGCUCCCAGCACAUCAUCCUGUGUCAGGAGAAGAGGCUGCAGUGUCUGUCCUUCACCAGUAUCAAGGAGAAGGAGUGGCUUAUGGAGUCUCUGAUUCGCUACAUCAAAGUGAUUGGUGGCCCACCGGGCAGAGAGGGCCUACUGGUGGGGCUGAAGAAUGGAGCUAUCCUAAAGAUCUUUGUUGACAACCCAUUUGCCAUCACUCUGCUGAAGCAGUCUACGUCUGUGCGUUGUCUGGACAUGAGUACAUCCCGCAGCAAGCUGGCCGUGGUGGACGAACACAACACCUGCCUGGUUUACGACAUCCACACCAAGGAGCUGCUCUUCCAGGAGCCCAAUGCUAACAGCGUAGCCUGGAACACCCAGUGUGAGGACAUGCUGUGUUUCUCAGGCAGUGGCUACCUCAACAUCAAGGCCAGUAACUUCCCAGUGCAUCAGCAGAAGCUGCAGGGCUUCGUGGUGGGCUACAACGGCUCCAAGAUCUUCUGCCUGCACGUGUACUCCAUGUCCGCUGUGGAGGUGCCUCAGUCGGCUCCCAUGUACCAGUAUCUGGAGAGGAGGAUGUUCAAGGAGGCCUAUCAGAUCGCCUGCCUGGGUGUGACUGACAGUGACUGGAGGGAUCUGGCCACGGAAGCACUGGAGGGCCUCGACUUUGACACCUCUAAGAAGGCAUUCAUCAGAGUACGAGACCUGCGCUACCUGGAGCUCAUCAACAGCAUUGAGGAGAGGAAGAAGAGAGGUGAGAGCGACACUGAGCUGUUCCUUGCGGAUGUCUAUGCCUACCAGGGGAAAUUCCACGAGGCUGCCAGGCUCUACAAGAGGACUGGCUUGGACUCCAGAGCUCUCAGCAUGUACACUGACCUGCGCAUGUUUGAGUACGCUAAGGAGUUUGUGGGCGCGGCAGACCCUAAAAACACUCGCAUGCUGAUGUCCAAGCAGGCCGACUGGGCUAAGAACAGCAAGGAGCCGCGGGCCGCUGCUCAGAUGUACCUGACUGCAGGAGAACACCUCAAAGCCAUCGACAUCAUAGGAGAACACGGCUGGGUCGACAUGCUGAUUGACAUAGCCCGUAAGCUGGAUAAGGCGGAGCGCGAACCACUGGCUAAGUGUGCGGCCUAUUUCCAGAAGCUGAAGCACCAUGGUUAUGCCUCUGAGACCUACUCCAAGAUGGGAGACCUGCAGGCCCUGGUGCAUCUGCACGUGGAGGCACGACACUGGGAUGAGGCCUUCGCUCUGGUGGAGAAACAUGCCCAGUUUAAAGAUGACGUCUAUGUGCCCUACGCUCAGUGGCUGGCUGAGAACGACCGCUUUGAGGAGGCACAGAAAGCUUUCCACAAGGCGGGCCGACAGAGCGAGGCUGUGAAGGUGUUGGAACAGCUUACCCACAAUGCCGUGGUGGAGAGCAGGUUCAAUGACGCAGCAUAUUAUUACUGGAUGCUCUCUAUGCAGUGUCUGGACAUCGCUAGGGAAAACGAGGAGAGGAAGGAGGAGAUGCUGAAGAAGUUCAAGCGUUUCCAGCACCUGGCUGAGCUCUACCAUGUUUACCACUCAAUACAGCGUUACACAGAUGAACCCUUUAGCUCCCAUAUGCCUGAGACGCUCUUUAACAUCUCCAGGUACCUCCUACACAACCUCACCAAGGACGUGCCACUGGGCAUCUCCAAAGUUAACACUCUUUAUGCGUUGGCCAAGCAGAGCAGAACCCUGGGAGCGUUUAAACUAGCCAGACAUGCCUAUGAGAAGCUCCAGGAACUCCACGUUCCCUCUCGCUUCCAGGAGUCAAUGGAUCUGGGCAGCCUUACCGUCCGCUCCAAACCAUACCACGACAAUGAGGACCUGAUCCCCAUGUGUUACCGCUGCUCCACCAACAACCCCCUGCUGAACAGCCAGGGCAGUGUGUGUAUCAACUGCAAACAGCCCUUCAUCUAUUCAGCAUCUUCAUACGAGGUCCUUCCUCUGGUGCAGUUCUAUCUGGACAAGGGUAUCGGUGAUGAGGAGGCUGUGUCUCUCAUUGACCUGGAAGUCCCUUGCAUUGACAGGAAGGCUGCUCGCUGGCAGGAGAUGAGCAGUGGGGAGUCCCAGUCUCUGAAGCUGGAUGAUGGCACAGAAGACACAGAGGAGGACCCCUUCAUGGCCAAACUCAGCUUUGAG